CUUUAGUGGGCUACUUCCUCCGGCCCAGUCUUUGCAGUCUUUUUCCGGUGUGCUGUUGUCCACACUACGGGUAAGCUGCGGCAAUCCGCCGUUGAUCUCUGAAAAUAUUAUCCAUCGUAGCCAAAUUCUAACUCUUCAAGAUGGGCAAGGGCAAUAAUAUGAUCCCGAAUGGGCACUUCCACAAGGACUGGCAACGAUUUGUCAGAUGUUGGUUUAACCAGCCCGCCCGUAAAUUCCGUCGGCGACAGAACCGCAUCAAGAAAGCUAAGGCUGUCGCACCUAGACCCGCCAAGGGUAGUCUUCGCCCAAUUGUGCGUUGCCCCUCCUUCAAGUACCACACCAAGGUCCGUGCCGGCCGUGGUUUCACUCUGGACGAGCUCAAGGGUGCUGGUCUGACCUCACGCUUUGCCCAAACAAUUGGCAUUGCUGUUGACUACAGGCGCCACAACAAGUCUGUUGAAUCCCUUCAGCAGAAUGUCCAGCGUUUGAAGGUUUACAAGUCCAAGCUGAUCCUGUUCCCCAUCAGAGCCAACAAGAAGUUGAGGAAGGGUGAAGCCACUGAGGAGCAGCGUAAGGUUGCCACCCAGCUGGAGACUAAGGUCCUGCCCAUUAAGCAGAAGUGGCCCAAGCUCCAGGCCCGCGCUAUCACAGAGGAGGAAAAGAACUUCUCCCCCUAUGAUACUCUUAGGAAGGCCCGUUCUGAUGCCAAGUUGGUUGGUAUCCGAGCUAAGCGUAUUAAGGAUGCUGCGGAAAACCCCGAUGACAUUUCCAAGGUUAAGAAGUAAAUGUGAAGGUGGAGUUAUUAAUAAAUUACAAAUCCAAAA